AUGACAAGAAGAAGAUUAAGAUUGGCGUAUAUUGUCAAUGAAUCCAAAAGAAAAACAUCCUACAGAAAAAGAAAGAAUGGGAUGCUCAAGAAGCUUAAUGAGCUCACCAUCCUUUGUGGCGUAGAUGUUGCAAUAGUAAUGUACAACUCUUUCGAGUCAAGGCCAGUCAUAUGGCCGUCUGCUGGAGAGUUUCUACAGAGAAUUACUAGGUUGUUGAACUUGCCAUAUGCGGAACAAACUCGAAGAAUGAUGAGCCAUGAAAGCUUUGUUGAACAGAGGCUUCAUAAGUUGAGCACUAAACUUCUGAAGGUGAAGAAAGACAAUAGGGAGGGGGAGAUGAAUGCAUUGAUGCAUAAGAUCCUUUCCGGAGAACGAACAAUUGAUUCUUUAAGUUCCAUAGAUCUAAACGACUUGGGUUGGGUUUUAAACUCCAACUUGGCUAAAAUUGGUAACAAGGCUGAGGAAAUUAUGAGACAUUCCUCAACCUUAGCAUCAUCAACUUUAGCUCCAGCCCAAACUUUGACUGCUUUUCUCCCUGGUGCUCAUUCUUUUACUACUGCUUCACCUUUUGUCGUUAGUCUUGGCACAAGCAAUGUGGUGGCUCCUGCAGAUGUGUUUUCCAGGUAUCAAGGCACUGGUAUGCAAACUGGCCCAACUUAUGGGGGACCGGGGCCUAGAUACUCUCAAAAUCCUUGA